AUGACGAAGUUCGAGCUCCAUGAGCAAGAAGACGAUGGGGAAGGGGAAGAGAGCGAUGAGGGCGGUUUAGACGGGAAGGUGAUCCUGGAGGAACCGGAGGGAUGGAGGGCGUGGAGCGGCCGCCAAUAUGAGCAGCCACAACGGUCGCCGCGGCGUCGGCGGCAGCAGUUUCCCGUCUUGACACUCGUCGUCGCCGCGCUGAGAAAGUCUCUCGUCACCUGCAGUGUCGAUCCCCGGGAGGACGUUUACCCCCCGGCGAACAUUGGGUGGCCGACGGAUGUGCAGCACGUCGCCCACGUGACGUUCGAUCGGUUCCAAGGGUUCCUCGGGUUGCCUGCGGAGUUGGAGCACGACGUUUCCAUCAGGGCACCCAGCGCCAGGUCAACUACUUUCCCCGUAUGUUCUUGUUCUUCGUCUUCUUUCCUCCUGUCUUAUCUUUCUUCUAUGUGAUCUUCGCGUCCCGGUUCCGGCAUCCAGAGAGGUUCCCCAGGCAUCAUGCUAAAUCUUGGGCUUUCGUUGGAAAUGGAGAAGAUUAGUAUCACUGUAGCGUGCUCUCUCUUCUUCGACGUUGGUCUGCCGUCUUCCGCUCGUAUCUUACAUCAACUACUGUUGCUUACGCCACCUAUUUCUCUUCAUCUUUGACUUUCAAUCGUCUCCGAGGAAUGCUCUGAAUCUUGAAUAUUUUCUACCUGAGUUUCUUGUCGUUUGUGGGGGAUCUGUCCAACAUAGAUAAGCUCUUCCUUCGGUCUAAAUGGUUUUAAGGUUCGAGAUUGAUGUACAAAAAGUGGCAGUGCUCCCGAUGAAAUAGGCUGAAAGAUCUUGCAUCAAGGAAAUAAGGCAUUAACUUUGAGGCUCAUUAUCUGGCUGAGCAAACCAGCAGGCCACCACAAAUAAUGCCAGGGUUUGAAAUGCGCGCUUAGCAUUAGUUUCUUGAAGUCUGCUGAUACGUUUAUCAUUUGUGUUGAUGUGAUGACUUCUGACUGGGCCAUCUAAGUCAAGGUCUUUAACCUCUGUUUUUUUAUGGCGCAUUCAAGAAGGAAAGACAUUCACCCAGCUCUUCCUCUUCAUUUCCUCUUUGAUCAGCUGACUCUCUUAUUUUGAUAUACUCUCCGUGUUUCCCGAGGACAUUUUUUUUUUAAAAAUGUACUGUUCUAUUGUGGUUAUAUCUUCCAGAAUGUCUGAUUAUCUUCACUGUUUCUUUUUUUAUAUCACUAAUGGGGCCUUAACUGACUUGGUCUUUGGUUUAAACUCGAAAAAUUGAUGUGAAUGAUGAUUUUCUGCUCGAAUAGAGUAAGAUAGCAGAUGUAGAAUAGUUGCAGAGUCAACCAGUAAAUGUAUUAAAAAUUAGAAGCUGAAGGAAGAGGAAAGAGAUGUCAAGGGGGAAGGAAAUACGUUUAAGCCUUUUUUUCAUACGCAAGGGAAGUUAAAUUAUCUUCAAAGUGAAGGUUCCGAGUGGCACAAUUUCUGGUAAUUUUUUUACGGCAAUUUCAUUAUAUACAUGAUAUGAUAUCUUGCCCUUUCGGCUUGUAUCUCAUAUUUUAUUUUAUUUUAUUCAUUUUCGACUUAAAUGCUCUUAUCACAUUCUUCCAUGAAUAAAUGCUCCAUUCUAUUUGGGUUCUUCUCUCACUGGAAUUAAAAAUAAAUCUCAAUUUCCAGUUUAUUUCCGGAUUCCUCUUGUAAGCUGUAAUAUCCUCGUUCAACCGAGUCUGGCUGACUAGUCAAAUCACAAUUUUGUAGUGCAAGUGUGUUUGGAGUUUCUGCGAAGUCCAUGCAAUGUUCAUUUGACAACAGGGGCAACAGUGUGCCGACUAUUCUACUCCUGAUGCAGCAGCACCUAUAUUCCAAGGGAGGCCUCCAUGUACGUGUAUACUUCGUUGCUUAGUAGAACCCCAUGCGGACGCCAAAGAGUGUUAUACUGAUGGUCGGUUUAUGUUAAUCGUGCCUGAAGGCAGAAGGGGUUUUCAGGGUCAACGCGGAAAAUGGGCAAGAGGUCUAUGUUCGAGAUCAGCUGAACAAGGGCGUUGUUCCACCAGACGUUGACUUGCACUGUCUGGCAAGUUUAAUAAAGGUAUUUCAAUGGAAGCUUUCAUCUCGUUGGGGAGCACUUGUAGCAGAAUUAUCUUUCUUUGGAAAAAUAGGCAUUUGUUCUGUGGGAGGGAUGAGUUUCUCCAUUUUGUGGAGAUUUUUUCGGUUUGGUAGGGUUCUCUUGAGUGAUUGAUUCUAUGGGACGUUUUCAGAAUUUUGAAAUCUGGGAAUCGUCUUAUUUAUCAGUUGGCAUAAGAGGACUUUGGGGAAACUUGAAUUGCCAAUAGCAAGGCUAUUUUCUGCGCAUUUGUCUCCACUGGUUUUGGAAGAGAACCGUUAUCUUUCUUGAGAUACUGAAAGUCGUUUUCGAUCGAAUCUCGUCCUCCCGUAUAUGUUUGCGUUUUCUCUUGAAUAAGGUUUUCUUUCCUCUUCUGUAGGCAUGGUUUAGAGAGCUCCCCUCCGGGGUCCUCGACUCCAUCACUCCGGAUCAGGUGAUGCACUGCAACACGGAGGAAGAGUGUUCCCAACUGGUCGGCAUGCUGCCACCAACGGAAGCGGCAUUGCUCUACUGGGCCAUCAACCUCAUGGCGGAUGUGGUGCAGUACGAGCACUACAACAAGAUGAACGCCAGAAACAUAGCGAUGGUUUUUGCUCCUAACCUGACUAAGGUCAGGACAGUUGAUUUUGCUUCAGAGAGGAUUAUUUUCCCAUAUUCGGGCGCUGACAAUGGACUGUUCGGCUUCCUUGGCAGAUGGCCGAUCCUUUGACUGCAUUGAUCCAUGCCGUGCAAGUGAUGAACCUCCUGAGAAUGUUGAUUGCGAAGACGUUGGGGGGGCGACCGGAGGCGGUCCCCGAGGGAAAGACGGUCGGGUCCAACACUUGCACCAGGUUCGAGAGCACCGAGGAGGAAGUAAGCAUCUUCGAAGAAGGCGAGGAGAUCGCCGGCCGGUCGCCGGAGAAGCUGAUGAAGGCGCCUUGGGCGAGCUCGUACUGA